AUGUCUACUAAGAAGAAACAAGUGAUCACUCCUCGAAAUCACAAUCCUGUUAAGCAUCAAUGCAGUAUAUGUAAAGAGACUGGUACUGUUAUGGUGAUAUGUACAAAAUGUGAUAAACAAUUUUGUAAUAAACAUUAUAAACAACAUCAAAUUGAACUUAAACAUGAUCUAAAUAAUGUAAUUGAAAAACAUGCUGUAGUUAAUAAAGAAAUUAUUGGAGGACAUGAGAAUUUUUAUGAACACAAUGAUGAUAAACGUGAAAAGAAUCAUACAAUUCUUGUUAAUCAACGAAAUCAUCAUUAUCAAUCGAAAGAUGAGAGUGAUGCAGUUAUUGAACAUAUCGAAACAAUAUUAAUUAGUAAAAUAAAUCGUUGGGAACAUGAUAUGGUUCAACGUAUUAAAUCUGCUGCUAAUCAAGCUCGUAAUACAAUAUCGAGUAUAACACAUGAUUAUCAAAAUGAAAUACGAAACGAUUUUCAACAAUUAACAAAUGAAUUUGAAGUAAAACGUGCUCAUGAUAAUUAUAAUGAACGUGAUCUUAAACAAUGGAAUCAAAAACUUGAUCAAAUUCAACAAAAAGUAAAUAAUGCCGUUCAGAUUGAUACAGAACAAAGUCAAACAAUUAAUUGGUCAAAAAUGAUUACAGUCAAAUGGAAUGGUAAAACGGUUACAAGUACUAUAAAACGUAUGCCAUUAGUACUAAAGCAAGAAUUAUCUGAAUAUCAACAACCUGUUCAGCAAAAUCAACAGCAGCGAGUUCAACCUCAAACACAACAACUUCACUAUUUUGCAAAUUUAAUUAUUCAAAAACCUCAUAAAAUUAUGCGUAUAAAAAAUGAAUAUGGUGGUUUAAUUUGUGCAUCGGAUAAUCGUAUUUUAUAUCAGGACACUGAAGAAACUUUAUGUUUAAUUGAUUAUGUAUGUAAAAAUAAACAAAUUAUUAAAUGGAAUAAGGAAGACGAUAUUGUUGAUAUGUGUUGGCUCAAAUUAUUAGAUCAAUUUAUCUUAUUAACAAAAGAAUAUAUUUUUACAGUAAAUCCAUUUGAUUUACAAGUACAUAAUAGUUCAAAACAAAUUCACUCAAAUGAAGGUGAAUAUAAAAGUUGUACAAAUAUAGACAACAUUUUAUUUCUUAGUUUUAACAGACCAAAUUCUCCAUUGGAACAAUGGAAUAUACAAGAUUGGAAAUUAAUUAAUCGAUGGACAAAACUAUUUGAUAAAGAUGAUAAUGUUAAAUGUAUUCGAUUUUUAAAUAAAACUCAAUUAGCAUUAUUAAUCGAAAAUCGAUUAGAAAUACGUAAUUGUAUAACAAUGAAUAUUAUUCGUGCAACAAAAUUCAUUGAUGUUAGAACUCAUGGUCUGGUCUGUUUACCAACAAUACAAAAUUAUUGUCUAGUUAUUAAUCACAGUUUUCAUCAAGACAUUGCACAAUCAUCUAAUUUACUUUUAAUCGAUGAUAAUGGACAGAAAAUCAAAACAAUACAUUAUAAUGAACCAAUAUGGUCAAUGAUUUAUUUUCAAGAUAAAAAUACGUUCAUUAUACGAACAUUAAAUGAAAUGUUAUUCUAUACUACAUGA